AUGAAGCCCACCGACUCUAGCACAGAACGGCACCAUGCCGGCAAAUCCAAUCCCUCACGGCGUCGCUGGAAAAUACUCGCCAUCGCAGGCGCGCUUCUUCUUAUCGUCGCCAUCGGGCUCGGCGUCGGCCUGGGCGUCGGACUGACGCACAGAGGCGGUCACGACGACUCUGCCCAAGACAACGACGACGACAACUCAGGCUCAGACUCAGGCUCAAACUCAGACCCCGACUCAGACAAUCGCAACCGCACGAGCACAUGGCAGCCCGGCGUCAACGCGACGUGGCAAAUCGUGCUCCAGGGCGCCAUCAAGCUCACAGACGGAUCCGCCAGCCCGGAUGUCGCCAUCUGGGACCUGGACCUCUUUGACAACGACGCCGAGACGUUCAAGGCACUGCAGGGCCACGGGAAAAGGGUCAUUUGCUACUUCAGCGCCGGCUCGUACGAGGACUUCCGGCCGGAUAAGGGAUGGUUCAACGAGUCGGAUCUGGGCAAGCCCCUUGACGGAUGGCCCAACGAGCGCUGGCUGGACCUCAACAGCGGCAAUGUUCGCAGCAUCAUGAGGGACCGCAUCAAGCUCGCCUCGUCCAAGGGAUGCGAUGCCAUUGACCCCGACAACGUCGACGGUUAUCAAAACGACAAUGGGCUCAAUCUCACGGCCCAAGACUCCAUCAACUACCUCCAGUUCCUGCAUCAAGAGGCCAGCUCGCACCACAUGGCCGUUGGCCUGAAAAACGCCGGCGGCAUCAUCCCCAAGGUGCUCGACUUUGUCAAUUUCUCCGUCAACGAGCAGUGCGCCGAGUUCUCCGAGUGCGAGACGUUUGCCCCCUUUAUCGAGGCUGGCAAGCCCGUCUUCCACAUCGAGUAUCCCAAGGGCGCCCCUGCAAUCGAUGCCGCGCGUGCUGCCGAUCUGUGCUCGCAUCGAGGCAUUGGGGCCGGGACUGGGAAUUUCAGCACGGUGCUGAAGAAGAUGGACCUGGACGGCUUUGUGCAGUACUGCGAUGGGAAGCGCAACAACUCCCACACAGCAGAAACAAAGACAACCGCCGCAAUGGGUCGCGAAGAGCAGGUCGAAGAGCGUGAGGUGCUCGAAUCCAUCUUUCCUGAAGAAAUCACAGACAUCUCCGAGACAGAGUUCCGGAUAAAAGUCGUCCUCGACAUCCCCGACGAAGAAACCCCCGAAGACGAAGAACCCCCCAGCUUCCUCCUCUCCGUGCGCUACCCGGACGAGUACCCGGACGAGGCGCCUCACCUCGACAUCCUCGCCUCCAGCAACAGCCCGUCCCACCUGCACUUCAGCGUCGGCGACGACCGCGACCAGCUGCUCGCCGACGUCGCCGACACCAUCCAGGAGAACCUCGGCAUGGCCAUGGUCUUCACGCUGUACUCGACCCUCAAGGAGGCUGCUGAGCAGCUCGUCCAGGACCGCAAGGCCGCCGCCCAGAAGAUCGUUGACGAGGAGAAGCUCGCCGCGGAACGUGAGGAGAAUAAGAAGUUCCACGGCACACCCGUUACGCCGGAGACGUUCCUCAAGUGGCGCGAGGGUUUCUUGCGCGAGAUGGAGGAGCAGCGCGUGCGGGAGGAAGAGGAGCGGCUGGCGGAGCUGAAGAAGGCCAGGGUCAAGGAGCCUGUCAAGUUGUCGGGGAGACAGCUCUGGGAGAAGGGCUUGGCUGGUAAAGGUGAGGAGGAGGAGGAGGAGGAGGGGCUGGUGGAUGGUGUUGAGCAGCUCAGGGUGGAGGCUGUUUAG